CCAAGCAGUUUGGAGUGUGAGGCAGAGAGGGAAGGACUCUCUUCCGUUCCUAGGCCGUUCCUUGACUCUCUUCCGUUCCUUGGCGUUCCUGAGAAAAUUUGGCUACUUUUGCAAAAAAGGAUGCAUUUUGUACUUGCCUUUCCACUUAUCAGCCUGCUGCUGAUAUUCGAUGUUGUCUCAAGUCAGACCUGUCAGAACGCAAACUGGUGGUCUAGCCUCGACCGUAUAGGAUGGUCUGUGUGCCCAAAAAGUAAUACCUACCUCAAGGGGCUGUGGAGAAAUGAUUUCAGAUCUGGAGAUGAAAGAACUGGUCGAAUCGAAAUGGGAAAAUGCUGCCAGGCAAGUGUAGGAAGCAAACCAUUAGAGGAGCCGUCAAGUUGCUCAAAUGCGGACUGGUCGGCGGUGUUGAAAGGAAAGAAUGUGUGGGCGCUGUGUCCUGCUGGUUAUUACAUGAACGGCCUUCGAUUGGGAAAGGGACCACCUCAGUUCCUGAAUGACAUUGUAGAAGGAAAAUGCUGCCAUCCCGAGAGCCAUUCCCGCGCCACCUACGAAGACUGUUACGAUGAGAAUGUUCAACUUUCGUUUGACAAAAAGGGCUGGAGCGAGUGCAAAAAAGAGGGCUAUUACAUGACUGGUUUUUACAAAAGCAGCUGCAACUCCAUUUAUUGCAUUGAAACUUUCAGAUGCUGCAAAAUGAAGAUAGCAAGUUCAGAAUGUAAAAAGGCAAACUGGUGGAGCAGCCUGGACAGGCAAGGCUGGUCUCAGUGCCCCCAAACUAACACCUUCCUUAAGGGACUGUGGAGAAAUGAUUUUAAAGCAGGAGAUGAACGCGUUGGACGCAUCGAAGAGGGAACAUGCUGCACCGCAGACGAGCCAUGUUAUGCCGAUGAGCCUGCGAAUUGUAAAAAUGUCGACUGGACCAGACUGCUGGAUGGAUUUAACGUUUGGGCGCUGUGUCCGGCUGGUUAUUACAUGAACAGUCUCCGACUGGGCAAAGGACCUCCUCAGUUCCUGAGAGACAUUGAUGAAGCCAAAUGCUGGCACCCUGAUAGUCACCCUGACAGCUACGACAGUUGUUAUGAUGAAGAUGUGACCCAUUCGUUUGACAAAAAGGGAUUGAGCUCCUGCAAGAGGGAAGGCUAUUACAUGGCUGGAUUCUACAAGAGCAGCUGCAACAACAUCUAUUGUAUUGAAAAAUUCCGAUGCUGCAAGAUGAGCGUUGUCAGACCUGCAGAGUGUAAAAAAGCAAACUGGUGGAACAGCCUGGAUAGGCAAGGCUGGUCUGUGUGCCCCCAAACCAACACCUACCUCAAGGGAUUGUGGAGAAAUGAUUUUAAAGCAGGAGAUGAAAGAGUUGGACGCAUUGAAGAGGGAACAUGCUGCUUUGCAGACGAACCAUGUUAUACCGAUGAGCCUGCAAACUGUAAAAGUGUCGACUGGACUAGACUGCUGGAUGGAUUUAACGUUUGGGCGCUGUGUCCGGCUGGUUAUUACAUGAACAGUCUCCGACUGGGCAAAGGACCUCCUCAGUUCCUGAGAGACAUUGAUGAAGCCAAAUGCUGCCACCCUGAAGGUCAUCCUGAAAGCUAUGACAGUUGUUACGAUGAAGAUGUGAGCCGUUCGUUCGACAAAAAGGGAUUGAGCUCCUGCAAAAGGGAAGGCUAUUACAUGGCUGGGUUCUACAAGAGCAGCUGCAACAACAUCUAUUGUAUUGAAAAAUUCCGAUGCUGCAAGAUGAGCGUGGAUAUACCUGCAGAAUGUAAAAAGGCCAACUGGUGGAGCAGCCUGGACAGGAUAGGCUGGUCUGAGUGCCCCCAAACCAACACUUACCUCAAGGGAUUGUGGAGAAAUGACUUUAAAGCAGGAGAUGAAAGAGUUGGACGUAUCGAAGAGGGAACAUGCUGCGCCGCAGACGAACCAUGUUAUGCGAAUAAACCUGCAAGGUGUAAAAAUGCCGACUGGACCAGACUGCUGGAUGGAUUUAACGUUUGGGCGCUGUGUCCGGCUGGUUAUUACAUGAACAGUCUCCGACUGGGCAAAGGACCUCCUCAGUUCCUGAGAGACAUGGAUGAAGCCAAAUGCUGCCACCCUGAAGGUCAUCCUGAAAGCUAUGACAGUUGUUACGAUGAAGAUGUGAGCCGUUCGUUCGACAAAAAGGGAUUGAGCUCCUGCAAGAGGGAGGGCUAUUACAUGGCUGGAUUCUUCAAGAGCAGCUGCAACAACAUCUAUUGUAUUGAAAAAUUCCGAUGCUGCAAAAUGAAAAGAGCUUUGAAAUGAAAAGGAGACAAGUAAAACAGUUAACCAGGAAAAACAGAUCUGCAAAUCGACCUGGAAACAAUGGGAAUCGCCUAAAUUAUAAUUGAGGAUUGCCAAACUAAACGCAGGAUUAAGGGAAUAGUAAAGAAAAGGACAUUUUGUGGGGAAAUAGUAGUCGAAGGGGAAUUUCCUCUUAUGAAUUUUAGUUUUCCUAGGAACUUAAUCAAUAGUAUCUCGCGUCUGCAUUUAGGUGUUGGGAAAAAUAAAGGUAAUAAAAAUGAAGAAGUUGUUUGA